CUUUCAUACAAAUCGGUUGCGUUAAAACGUCAUCGAAUUUCUCGACACGCGACUGGUAGCUCGUGUAAUGACUUUGCGUUGAAAGCUCUUUAAGAUGUUUAUAAAGUUUGUGCUUGUGGUUUUUUUUGUUUGUUACUUGGAUGUGUUUUGUGAUGCAAUCCAGCCCGGAGACCCUGGAGUAUGUAUUGUGCAAACCAGCUUUAAAAAUUAUCGAUGGAAGACAUUUUAUGUGCAUGUAUCAAAAUGGUGCGGUAGAACCAGAUGUGUAGAGAAGAGAAGAAGAAAAGAAACGUUCAUCGUGACGAGGAAUCAGACGGUUUGCUGUAAGGGCUGGGGCUACCGCAGCAUGGACGACAGCUGCGGCCCCCUGUGCAGUACGGGCUGCCUCGGAGGACGCUGCAUCGAGCCCGACCGCUGCCACUGUGACCCGCCUGCGCGCCUCGACCCUGAGCGACCCAACGUCUGCCUGUUUCCCGUCUGCGAAUCGCCCUGCCACAAUGCUCACUGUGUCGCCGACAACAAAUGCGAAUGCGACCCUACCUACGAAAGGCAUAACACCACGCACUGCUAUCGUUGUGAUCCAGGGUACGCCAUCGAUAACGACUUCAACUGCGCCCCUGUCUGCGACCAACCUUGUAGCAACGGACAAUGCAUCGGACCAAACAUCUGUGGAUGCUCCUCCGGUUAUACGGUCAAUGACACCUUCACUUGUGUACCGGUGUGUAAAAAUGCUUCGGUCAAUUCAAUUUGCACCGCCCCAAAUCAUUGGACAUGUUUGGCGGGUUAUACUGAAGUUAAUAGUACUUGCGUUCCGCGAUGUGACUCUUGUGAACAUGGCCAAUGUGUUGGACCAAAUGUUUGUGCUUGCGAUGCCGGAUAUACAAACGGGAGUAGCGGCUGUGUUCCAGCAUGUAACCACACUUGUGAGAACGGUGUAUGCUCGGCGCCCAACGUGUGUUCCUGUAACGAAGGUUACGUCAAAGACGAUGACUUCCGCUGUGUAACGCCGUGCCGCAAGGAGUGCCCGGGCGGCUGUGACGACGAAGGUGUAUGCCUCGACUGCAGCGUUCCAUUUAGUCCCGUGAGUGGAAGGAGGCCUCGGGAUAGAGUGAUGAUAGAAAAGCCUGCGUGCUGUUCAGGAUGGAAGUACGACUCUAAUACCAAGAAGUGCAACUUCUAUUGUAGAUUCGGUUGCGAGAGAGGCACGUGCGUGGGCCCCAAUGAAUGCAGUUGUGAACCGCCGCUGCAGCUGGUCAACCACAGAUGCGUGGAACCUGAGUGCGACCCGCCCUGCCAACAUGGACAAUGUCAUCCAAACAACACUUGCAUUUGUGAUGCAGAUUUCGAGAAAAUUAAUUCGUCAUACUGUGCACCUAAAUGCGAGCCUGGAUAUGAACGUCAGUGUAUUAACGGCACUUGCGCUUCCGAUGUCCAUUCCGAUCCACUGUUGUGCAGACCCGUAUGCGAGUCGGAGUGUAUUCAUGGUGUUUGCGUAGCUCCUGGCGUCUGCAAAUGUAAUGAAGGAUAUAAGAAUGAUGGUUCGUCGGAAUGCAAGCCGGUGUGCAAGGCGUGCGGCAACGGCACUUGUGUGGCUCCCAACAAAUGUCAAUGCUUCAAAGGUUAUUCUACUGAUGAACAAGGGUUAUGCGUACCUGAGUGUGAGACGCCGUGUGUCAACGGUUCAUGUUCGGAACCAAACGUUUGCUCUUGUCCUCAAAAUUAUACUUUAAAACGAACUGUAGAAAACAAUACUACGAUAGACAAAUGCUGGCCAGUUUGUUCACAAACCUGCGUCAAUGGAUACUGUAAGUUACCAAAUACUUGUGCCUGUGAGCCCGGUUUCGUGACGAUGAAUGAAAGUUCGACUAUCUGUCGCAAGGAAUGCGAUGGACCAUGUGAAAAUGGUGUUUGCACAUUAUUCGGACAUUGUGACUGCAAUCAAGAUUUUCAACUUGAAAAUGGAACAUGUGUUCCUGCUAAUAUUUCAAAGUUGGAUUGCGAUGCGUGUGGGGGGCACUGCAUAUUAGGCGACUGUCGCUGCGAUGACGACAGCCCCUGUUCUAUGACGGCCGCUGUUGAAACAGCCGAGAUCGAGUCCUCCGCCAGGUUAGCCGGUCUGGAGCUAUCGUGGGUGGUAGGAGGUGCUGUUAGCUUGCUAUUGCUUACACUUCUGAUUGCUGUCUUCGGUCACAUGUGGAAGAGAAGAAGGGACUAUGGAGUUAAAGCACCUGACAAUAAUAGUGGUGCUUUCAGUAGCGUGGCGUAUACUGUACCAGGUACCCUCUUAACUAUAGGAGAUGUGAGAAGAGAGGCCAGAGACAACGAGAACGACUACGACGAGGAAAACGAAGAUCCGAGCCGAGCUGCGGCAGAAACAUUACUGGAACAUAAAACCGUUCCUAAUGUAUAACACUGUUAGAACAUAAUUACGGAUUCCUCUGUCAAAAUGUAACAUUAUGUUUUUCGGUACUCCUCACCAUGCGAAUUUUGUCUUUUUUCUCAAAGAGAAAAAGAGGAAAGGCUUUAUUGUAGUACAUUAAGACGGUGGAAUUCCGUGGAUAUGACAAUGAUAGUACAAAAUAACGAAACAAAACAAAUGAAAGUACAUUUUAAAUUAUUUUUGUUUUAAAAAUGUUGUUCCAAAUUUAAAAUUUAUUGAACUAUAUAUUGAUAUUGAAAUUGAAUGGAUCUGCUUAUAUCAAAUUAUCUAAAGAAAGAAAAAAAUAUUUUUAUAGCGAUAUUUUAAACGCGAGUGGAUUUAUUUAUUUUAAUUUUAUAACUACCCUCAGCAAUAAAGUACUUGUAACUACCUACUUAUUAAUUACAUUUGUAAAUAUUUAAUGCCCGAUAUUUUUUUCCAUACUCAUUUAUUUUUAUUAUUUGUAAAAUUAAUUGCUAAUUAAUAUCUAUCUUUGAAAAAAAUAUUCUCUAGAUAAUAGCUAGCUAGCUAGCUAGCUAGCUAGAUAAUAGCUAACCAGACCUAGAGGAAGAUCGCCUAUGAGAUGGACCGACCAGAUUAGAACGGCAAUGGACGUACCCUUGCAUCAAUGUGCGAAAAAAGCAGCGUACAGGGAGGAGUGGCGGCGUCUUGUAAAGCGGGUCACUGAUACGUGAUAACCACGACGAGUCUGUAAAGACUCAAGCGACAAAAAAGAAGAAGAAGAUAAUAGCUGUUAAAAAGAUUUGAAUUGAGUUCCACAACAAAAAUAUGAAUUAAAAUAGAGUAUAAUUCCACUAAUAACAGUUUUGUUAAUAUGUUAUAUUGUAAAGAUCAUAAAUAUUUAUUGGAAAACUAGAUACACCCUAAAUUGGGGUCUUAGGAUCCUUCAAGAAGCGAGCCUACGAUUUCCUAAAAGGCCGGCAAUGCAUCUGAAGUUCCUCUGGUGUUGCGGAUGUCCAUGGGCGUCGCUGACCACUUCGGUGUUCUCGCCGCUCGUUUGCCCCCUUCUCAUAUAAAAAAAAUUAAUAAUGUAUCUUUUGUAGUCCUAAGUGUAUAGUCACUAAUUCUAGGAUUUAAGCGAUUGUCGACCUUUGGAAGGUCUCUAAGGAAUAUUAUUUAAAUUUUUACAUGAAUAAAAUAAAUAUCAUUUACUUUGUGAUAAUAUUGAUUGGUUUAAGCAUUUGUAAUUGUUGUUGACAACGAGAAAUGACAAUAAAUACUUAUUUUUAAUAAUA